AAUAUUUUUCCUUUUUAUGAAUACCUUGAACUUUAAAGGUACCAUACGUGAGAUCGACUAAAAUUUCACAUGUUUGUUGCUAGAAGCUUGAUUAGGUCAGGAAUCAUGUCGGCAACUAGUGGGGUGGUCCAGCGUCUGGAGCAACGAGCUCAGCUGGCAGAUGAGAUCAUCUUGAGACUCCAGCAACAGGUUGGGCAACUCCGCAGGACAAUUGUGGGUCGUGAGGAGCAACGCUUGGCUGAGGAGAAUAGUCUUCUGAGACGGGAGGUUACCCAGCUCAAGGCCACACUGGUGGGAGCAGAAACGAGAAACGGUGUGAAGCAGAUUCCUGUGCCAAAAGCAGGAGCUACUGUAGCUGCUUCAGCUGUGAAGCCACCAACUCAGCCAGCUGCCCCUGCCAAAGCUCAAGCCCCAGCUCAAGCCCCUGCCGACCAGAAUCAGAAGAAGAAAGAAAAGAAAGAGAAACCCAAGAAAGAGGCCAAGAAGGAUGGUAAACAGGAUGACCAAGCUGCUGCUGAGGUGGACUUCCGUAACCUAGACCUUCGCAUUGGUAAGAUCACCAACGUGAAAAAGCACCCUGAUGCAGACUCACUCUAUGUGGAGGAGGUGGAGCUGGGCGAGACACAGCCUAGGACUGUGGUGUCGGGAUUGGUCAAGCAUAUUCCUAUUGAAGAGAUGCAAGACCGCAUGGUGAUUCUGUGCUGUAACCUGAAGCCGGCUAAGAUGCGAGGUAUCCUCAGUCAAGCCAUGGUCAUGUGUGCCUCAUCACCAGACAAGGUUGAGAUUCUUUCUCCGCCCUCAGAUGCAGUGCCAGGGGACAGGGUCUGCUGUGAGGGCUAUGAAAUGAGUGAGAGUUUCCCAGUCCAGAUGAAUCCCAAGAAGAAGAUCUUUGAAAGAAUCCAGCCUGAUCUAAAGACUGAUGACAAGCUUCAAGCAACCUAUAAGGGGUCACUGUGGAAGGUUGAGGGCAAAGGUCAUAUUGUCGCUGCUACCAUGGCUAACUCUGGUAUCAAAUAAUGAUGGGUAGAUUUUCCCCUCGUAUAGAAUUAGUCAUUAUUUGAUAAAACAAGAUCACAAAGAUUUUCAAGAAAUCAUCUUGAGGUCACUCUCACUGUCUUGAUGUAUUGCCUUCUGAAAUCAUGUUUAAUGUCAGUAUAAGGUCCACCGAUGUCCAAAGGUGAUGCACAAGACUAUUAGAAAUCCUGUACUGUAUAUGAUUUUUGUAAAAGUCUUUGUGAUCAUGCUAAGAGUACAGUUAAAGGAAAUGGUUCAUAAAUGAAGGCUCCACUGUUGUCUGCUUGGCUGUAGGAUUAAGAUUAGAUGAUUCCAUUUUAUUGAUAAGGUAAUACUACUCAAGCACGUUUUCUUCCUGAUAUUUUGCUUGUUUUACAUUCUGUAGAAAAUAAAGAAUACCUAUAAAUUGUACUGAUUAUCGAUUUAGUUCAGUAUUAAAGAACACACUUUCAUGACAUUCCAUGAUUGAUACUUGAGAUUAUGAAAGAUUUAAUUACAAAUAUAUAUACAAGUACUAUCAUAAUUAUUUAGAGUGUUAAGGAGCUGUUUUGAAGCCUUCUUUUUUUUAAAUCAAGAAUAUUAAACAAAUGUUCUCUUUAUUUUAUUAAGGGAUGUAUAUGUGUUGUAUUCACAGGGAUAUUCUAAACAUAACAUUAAAGUGGUACUCUGUCCUUUACUAUUUGCAUAAAUUAAGUUCCUUCAUGAAUAAAUUAGUAUGGUGACUUCUUGUAUCUUUAAUUCUGUUAAGCAUUUGGGAAAUGGCAUAUUAACAUCUUCUAUUUAAGAUAUUAUUUGUUUAUUACUUUUAAAAACAAGAAAGUAUUGGAGCAUAUAGGAAUGAUGAGGUUGAGUAUUUACUAGAGAAGUAGAUUACCCUUUCAUCAGAAUUGUAACUGGAGUGAUGGAAAAUAACAAUGUGGUAAAUGUGCAUUAAAAAUGCAAACUCAACGUAUAGGUAGGUAGUUAUAUAGUUCUACAGAUAGAGGAAUAUUAGAAAUAGUAAUAAUAUUUGAAUAUGUAACAAAUACAUGAUAUUAUGACAAAUACACUUGGAUGAUUUGUACUGUAA